CUCGGGUAUUCAGUUAUCGUGUGGAAGAAAGUGAAAGCAGUGAACUUUGGCUAACAUCCCGAGAGGCCGUUUACAGAAGAGGUGCGCGCCCUUCUUCACUGUUUCACUUUCUGCUUUUCAUCGGGACUUUCCAGGCGGUGGCUUUGUUUAGGAACCAUGGCCAAUAAAUUGGAUUUUCCUCUUCGCGGGCCUUCAGUCAACAUUGUGAGGCAAUGUGGAUAUGCUCUGAGUAAUGUCAUUGAAAGCAAAUUUGGGUGUGUGGCUACCAUCGACGGUGUGGAUUUUGAAAGAGAUCCCAGCUUUGCACAGCAGAGGAGGCCAAAAGUUGUACCAGAGCAAAGGUAUGCUGUUACACUGCCUGCUGGGGUUAAGGUGUCUGUGUGGAAGGGGGAUCUCACCAGUUUCCCGGUGGAUGCUGUUGUGAAUGCCGCUAAUGAACGUCUUCAGCAUUAUGGUGGACUUGCUCAAGCUCUGUCCGGCGCCGGUGGUCCACAAAUCCAAAUGGAGAGUGAUGAUUACAUCAACAAGUAUGGGCCCCUGAAAACAGGAGAUGCAGUUGUCAUGGAUGCUAGGUUUCUACCAUGCAAGAAGAUAAUUCAUGCUGUGGGUCCAGAACUACCAAGAAAUCCCUCUCAGCAUCAAGUUUCUUGGGCUGAACCGCGGUUGGAGAAGGCCAUCAGGAGCAUUCUUGACAGAGUUAAGGAAAACCAUCUGCAGUCUGUUGCCAUUCCUGCUAUAAGCUCUGGGCUGUUCCACUACCCCCUGCCACAAUGUGCAGACACCAUAGUGAAAACUUUGCAGCACUACUACGUAGGGCCUCUUCCUAAAGAGAUCCUGCUUGUGAACAAUGAUGAGCCUACGGUCAAGGAAAUGGAGAGGGCCUGCCGUCAGAUAUUAUCCUCCCACCUGCACAUGAAAUACAGCCAGGCAGCGGCAAGCAAAAGCAGAGGUGAUGCCAAAACCUCAACAGCUAGUGUCCAGAUUAGAAAUGUCCAUCUGACUCUGAAGAAGGGUAAAAUUGAGGAACAGCAGACAGAUGUCAUCGUAAACAGUAUAUAUAACAAAGACCUGAAAAAUGGUCAAAUCUCCAAUGCUGUAUUGCAGAAAGCUGGUUAUGGAAUUCAAAAAGAAAUAAAUAAUGCUUCUUGGAGUGGAAAUGUCAUCGUCACAAAACCCUACAAGCUGCAAUGUAAUCAGGUGUAUCACACUUCCUGCACUGGAAGAAGCAGCGACACAGCGCAGCAGAUUAUUUACAAAUCAGUAUCGGAAUGCUUAUGGUUGGCAUUCACCGCAAGUCAACACAAGUCAAUUGCCUUUCCUGCCAUCGGCACUGGAGGACUCAAGUUCGACAAGAAAGAAGUUGCCCAGAUCAUGACACUUGCUGUGGUCGACUUCGCCCAAAACUCCACUAUGAAGAAAGAAGUUAAUUUUGUCAUAUUUCCUUUUGACGAGGACACAUUUAAGGCUUUUGAGGAACAAAUGAGAUAUCUCCAGCAGGCAGAAUCUCAUCCCAGCUCUCCUUCACUUGAUUGCUGCACUGAUGGUGAGCUUGUGAUGUCUUCUCCAGCAGCACAUGAGGAAAGAGAUGAAUACCAAGGCAGCAGAGCUCCCACUCCCCAGAUCAGCCUGAGCGGCCGCUCUGCAGAGGCGCUAAACGAGGCUGAACGGUGGCUCCAGGGCCUCUUCAAAUCCUCUGGCACUGUCGUUAUCCGCAACAACUUCAUCCAGCACUUUGGCGAGCAGGAACACCUGCAGCUAUCCCGUCUAAGCAAAAAGGGCGUUUUCAUUGAGGAGGUUCUGAGCAAAGGUCGUGCAAGCAUAAUUGUAAACAGGGGUUCAAAUGAAGACGUUGCAGUUGCCGGGUUCCAGGUGGAAGCCAUGCUCUGCAACGUCCAGAAGGAGUUUGUCAGAGAGGAAAAGCUUGCCAUGUUUCAAAUGCUGACUAAUCAUGUGUCCUUUGAAAGAAAGGCCGUUGACCCCUCAACCUCAGAGUUCAGAGACAGAUCUAACUUCCCAAAAACGGGGCUGCGGGUAUUGAAGGUGGACAAAGUGGAGAACAAUGCACUGAAUUUACUGUUCGAUUUCAAAAUGGUCCAGCUACACUGCUCCUCUCCGCGAAAAAUGUUUCAACGCAUACCUGCGCAGUUCUGUGAGAUGGUUUGCCACAUUGGAUUCCACGCAGAGUACGCACCUCCUGAAGACCCAGCAUAUGGAGAGGGCAUCUACUUUGCUGGCACUGUGAGAAAGGCCAUGGAAGUGUGGAAGGAGCCAAGCGAGGAGUAUCUGUACUUUGUGGAAGCCGACGUGCUGACAGGAAACUCCACCCCUGGUAAACCAGGACUCAUUCUGCCACCUGCUGUGGAGACAGACCCACAAGUGAUGUACAACAGUGUGCACGGAGGACCUGAUAUCUCUGUUGUAUUUAGUACUUAUCAAGCUCUGCCCAAAUACAUCAUCACCUGUAAGAUGGGCUAAAGGGUGAUCUCAUCUCUGUUUCCUCUGGUAUUGUAUGGUGCGAAACGCUUACAGUGCUGGAGAAAACUUAAUUAUAAGUUGGAUUCUUGUAAAACAAGCUGAGGCGCAGCGGAAACAAAGAUGUCAGAUUUGUUUUCUUGAAGCUGAACAUUGCAUUUUUUUUUUUUAUCAUUAUAAGUUAGCUUCUUUUUGGGCGAUCAACAUACUGUAGGCCUAUAUUUUACAUAACGGCACAAAUAUUUGUAUAUCAAAGAUUCAAAUUUAAAAAUGCACUGUCUCCUAGUAAGAAUAUCAUACUCUUGUUAACAACGGUAUGAGUUAUUUUAGUGAUACCAUAUACACAACCAUCAUUACAGCAACAUAUUGCUGACAUUAAGCUGGUUUCACUAAGAGGAAGACUAAUAUAAUCCUUCAUCUGCUUUGGUGAGCAGGUUGUGUAUUACAGCGUUACCUUAAAUAAAAGAUUUUACUCUGAUUGUAAGAUGUCAAUAUCAAAUGUAUUACAAAAUGGAAAUUGACGACAGUCGGAUGGAGCACCUGUGUGAUGCCGUGUGCCUCAUGCUGAUAAUCAAAAUUAAAAAAAGUUGUAAUUGAA